ACUCUCUUGCUGUACCAUCAUGAAUGUUAGCUAAGGCUCGGCGUCCUUUUGCUUUAUAACAAACUACAGACUAGAACUUGCUUUGGUAUUAACAAAAUCAUAAUAAGAUUUUGUAAACACAUAAUAAAUAUUUUUUUCAGUUUUUUAGUUCUUUAAAUAGCACACGUCUUCUAAACAGCUUGACCCAGUUUAGCCAAAAUCAUCUCGACAUUUGUUGCCAGGUUUGGUAGAAUCCUUAAUUCGGGCCUUAACCCAUUUGAAAAGAUGCAAGUGCAGAGAGUCGUUCUGAACUCACGACCAGGAACAAAUGGGGUGCCAGUUCCUGAAAAUUUCCGCCUGGAGGAGAUAACUUUAGUGCCUGACCUUAAAGAUGGAGAGGUUCUUGUUCGCACGCUUUACCUCUCAGUAGACCCUUACAUGAGAUGCAGAAUGAAUGAAGAUUCUGGCGCCGAGUAUCUGACCUCAUGGCAGCUGUCUGAAUGUUUGGAUGGCGGAGGCGUUGGCGUGGUACAGACCAGCCGUUGCAGGACUUUCACCGAGGGAGACGUGGUCACCUCGUUCAACUGGCCGUGGCAGACUCAAGCUAUUGUGAAGGGAAAUGCCUUAAAGAAGGUUGACCCCCAGUUGGCAGAUGGACACCUAUCCUACUUUUUGGGUGCAGUUGGCCUGACAGGACUCACUGCUCUGCUGGGCAUCAGGGAGAAAGGUAACGUGACUAAAGGGGCCGACCAAACCAUGGUGGUCAGCGGCGCAGCUGGCGCCUGCGGCUCCCUCGCUGGACAGAUCGGCAGGCUGGACGGCUGUGCGAGAGUGGUCGGGAUCUGCGGUUCUGAUGAGAAGUGCAAAACUUUGAAAGAAGAUUUGGGCUUUUCUGCCGCCGUCAACUACCGGCGGGAGGAUGUGGCUGUCCGGCUGAAGGAGAGCUGUCCGGAUGGCGUCGAUGUUUACUUUGAUAAUGUUGGAGGUCCCAUAAGUGAUGCUGUUAUAUCACAGAUGAACCAUUGUGGCCACGUGGUCCUUUGUGGCCAGAUCUCUCAGUACAACAAAGACGUGCCGUAUCCGCCGCCCCUCAGCGAGCAGACUGAGGAAAUCCUGCAGAGCAGGAGCAUCACUCGAGAGCGAUUCGUGGUGCUCAGCUACAUGAGCAAAGCGGAAGCUGGCCUGUGUGAGCUCAGCCAGUGGAUCAAAUCAGGCCAAAUCAAGGUCCUGGAAACUGUGGUGAGCGGCAUAGAAAACAUAGGAGGUGCGUUUUGCUCCAUGAUGGCGGGGGGAAAUAUCGGCAAACAAAUUGUAAAGAUAUGAGGAUCUCAGCAGAUGAACCACCGUUCUGCCUUUUUAUCACUACAGUACCACUAAAUGAAGGACUGACUAAAAAUAUUGGAUUUAUCAGCAAAUGCGCCUUGAUAAUUGAUUGAUUUUGUGUUUGUGGUUUUCAUAGAUUUACAUGCAGGCUUCUUAAAGAAGGAGCUGCUUUGAUGUUUUGCUGCCAAAAUGUUCUAAGUCUGUAACAAAAGUCACCUGAUGCUGAGUCUAAGGUGUGAGGAGGAGCUGAAUGAUGGAGUCUUAUGUGCCACAGUGUGAUUGACUGUAUUUCCAAAAGGUAGGAAGAACAAAUAAGGAUACUUUGGUGAUGUGUUUGAAGUCUCACUCCGAUCAUCUUUUGAUUUAUUUUAAAACCUUCCCAGUGAUCUUUUAAUAACAAUUAUGCCACCUGUGUAGUUUUCUAGGUCAUAGUUUCUGCAGAGCGGUAUUAGUUUGUAAGAAAUGCAUCUCUGAGUUGUGGGUGGGACCGUUGGCGUGGAGCAAUCCCGCCCCCUUUCCCCUCCUGGUCUCUGAAAGCUUGAGCCCCACCCAGCAUGUUUUUAACGUUGCAAAUACAAUUUUUUUUUUUUUUUUUUUUAAGCAUUAUUGUUUCAUCUGUUCCUGAUUCUCAACAAUUUGAACAAAGAAUUACUCAGAAAUGCCAUUUUAAGCUUAACUUUCUAAAUAUUUAUCAUCAGACAAAUUCCACAAAAACACGUUAAAAACACAAUUUACAUCAGAGUGGGCCUGAGCCUUUUGGUGAUUCUGAUAUUAGGAAAAUAUUGUUUUUAGUCUAGUUAGUUAUCAGCAGCCGCGGGCCCCUCCCACAUCCCAUAAUUAUUUGACUAGCUGCGGUAACAAUAGCAUAUGGUUGUUCCUGCAAAAAAAUGCGCAUUUGCCCUAAAUUCUUGUUGGUAAAUCAGCUGAUUUCAAAAAGCGUACUACAAAAGAAAAAAUGCUCAUUUUAUGGUGUGGAUUAGCAGAACGGAUUGGAUGAAGGUUUUAAUCAAAGCAAAAGUUUACAUGUAUACAAAAAAACCUGCAAGACGUCACUAAUGGAGCCUUACAAGGCCAGAAAUGAUCAAUUAAAACAAAAAAUGUCACUUUUGCAUGGGCGCUAUGCAGAAUGGAAUGGGAAUUUUUUGAACGAAACUGUAAAUAGAAAUAUGCAACAUCAUCAGGUGUUCCAAGUAACUGAAUCAUUGGUUAGCCCCUUCACGCAGCACCCACCUCUUUUGCAACAUAUUUAAUUUAGGACUCCACUUUACUCUCACCUUGAACAGCAGAAACACCAAAUAUUUUUUUCAUAUACUUGUAAGUCAAUUCAGGCAUGAAAGAGACUUAAUAAAGAGCAAUCCCGUUGUGUAAAGUA